CGUGCUGUUCUGAGUUCUUUCAUUGUACGACGUUCAUCACCAUACGUCGUUAGUCUGUUGGAUCCUCGCUUUAGCUCAUUCGGCCCUUCAUCACCCAAAUUGCUAGGUAUAUCUUUACUGUCUUUCAUUGUAUGUAUCAUACCAAAGUGUUAGUAAACUGUCUGUGUGUUAUCCAAAUGCCGUAUUCCUGAAUCUUAUUUUUGAGUUUGGCAGAUAGCCAGGGACAUCGGGUCCGUCACCAGCGUUAACACCUUUCUUCACCCCUUUCCCUUGGUCUAUCUUGCCUCACAUGGCGCAGCCGACAGGAUACGGCAAGUGAUUCGUCAGAUUUUUCACUUCUGGUUGAUACCAUAUGAAUUUUUUGCAAGUACUUCGACUUUGAAGUCUUACGCUUUUGACGUAGUUCGAAAGGCUUGUUCGAUUUAGGCUUAGCCUCGUCAUUCGAACGCAUUGCAUAGCAUUUUUCGAACAGUUCUAUCCCUCCGUAACUUCUAGUUCUUUUUUUGUCACGCAUUAAUUGCGUCUUCAGUUUUUCGUUGCAUUUGUGCAUUUUUCAGUUGUUCGUAAUUUCGAACGCGACGUUCGAUGUUAGGUUCUGCUGGUAACACCUGUCUGGAGCUUGGUUCAGUAUUGUUUCCGUCUCUCGUUUUUCGUUGUGUCUUAACAAAUAUCGUCUUUUGAGUUUGUUCUUUCAUGGACAGUCCAAAGGUGUUGAGACUUCUUUUGCGUCCAGCACAAGAGUUAUUUGAAGAGUGCGUCUCACGUAAUCUCACACUCCCAGAGAACGCUGAUCCUCGUCAAGCAGCAAUUCUCAUCAUGGAAGACGACGAAAGGAGGAAACAUGCAUCUACGAGUGCUAUUCCCACCAAAGACAACGAGGAAUACCAAACAUCGGAAGAAUGCGAAUCAUCCGAAGAUGAACAUCAGGAUGAACAAGCCUCACCAACAAACAAAACAAGUAAGAAGACACCUACCGCGAGUUCAUCUGCUCCGAUCACCAUCGAUCAGUUAGCUGAGAUUUUCAAACAGGUGGUUUCCACACCACAGAGGAUAGUAACCACCCCGGACCUUAGUCAGACAUUGAAGUUCUUUUAUGGCCGGCCCAACGAUGAUUUUCGCGCAUGGCUUUCAUCAAUUGAUGUGUUACGUAUCCAGUACGGUUGGGACGAUUAUACCGCCUUAGCCAUUGCAAAGAGUAAGCUUCGUGGUGCGGCCAAGGAUUGGGACGAUGGAUCCGGAAGAAGUUGUGUCACAUGGCAAGACUGGGUCAAAGGUUUGAAAGAGCAAUUUGAUUAUCAUCCAGAUCUACCAGAUUGGAAUCGCGAUUGUGAAGCUAGAGUACAGAAAAGUGAAGAAUCCAUUUCUGACUAUAUUCACGCAAAGAUCAAAAUACUCUGCAAGUGCCCUUAUCAGCUCAGGGAACGUGACAAGAUCCGUUACAUCACCAUGGGUCUACAGAGCGAGGCAACGAGGACAAGUCUCACUUCCUACUACAUGUCUACUGGAUGUGACUGUCUCACUCUGAUCAAGCUGGCACGACAGAUCGAACCUUCUCAGAAACACCGUGAUCCAAACUGGCGUCAACAAGGAGCCAAGCCAAAGGACUACACGAAGAAGGAACAUCAACGUCAGCAAGGCUUUUCGUCCACAUCACAGCCUAAGUAUUCAUCUCGGCAAAAUGGUGAGAAACAUUCUCCUACUUCCACCAAAACAUCGGACAAAUCAAGCCUAAAAUACAAAGACCCAAAGGACUACACCAAACAUCAAGACAAAGACAAGAAACACAGCUACACUGCUUCAAUAAGACACGACUUACCAUCUAGACACCCCGUGAGACCCGUCAUUGAGAUUCUUGUAGACAACACACCGGUCGACGCCUUGGUUGACACGGGUGCAGACAUCUCAAUUUUAAGAAAACAGGAAGCAGAGCUUUGGGGUAUUAACAUAAAACCAUGGAGUGACUCAGCAAUGAUCGCCGUCGAUAACGAGUCCAUGCCGUUCGGCGAAGCCGUCGUGGAAGUGAAGUUAGCGAACACAACUGUUUCUCUUCAAGUUGCUAUCGUCACUAACAUCAUAUAUCCUUUCAUACUUGGUAGCGACUGGCGCACAUCUGCCAAGCUUGGAAUCACUGUUUGGCCUAAUGGACACGUCUCCAUCCAGUCACCUCCAAAGUCCCACCAGGAGAACAUCUUCAACAGCAUGUUCUUAAAGAAAGACUUCCUCCAGGAACUUUCUCCAUCUCACGCUGAAGAAUUUCAACCCAUACAGGAAAGGAUCUUCUACAACACGACAUCCAAGGAUCAAGACACUUCGACAGACAUCAAAACACAUCACAUCCUUCACGCUUCCAACAACGUGCAAGUAAACAACAACAAAGCCUUGACAUCAACGUGUUCAUCAACACAACGUAAAUCUACACCAAGGAACUGUCCAUUCCCACUUCUCCCUGGCACCAACAUCGUGGCACCCCAGGACGGCCCCAACAUCGUGGCACCCCAGGACGGCCCCAACAUCGUGGCAUCCCAGGACAAGGUGAAGAUACCAUCUCGUCAAGCAACAUCAGUCUCCGCAAGAACAAGUUCGUCAAACAGUUUUCCGGCGAACAGCAGUGUUUGUGAACGUGUUAGUGAAUUCCGCAAUGUUGUCGACCUUCAUAGAACACAGCCAUCACAGCUGUGAUUGGCGCUCAGAGCCUCGUUGGCCGGACUCGCUGUGGCUGUCGAGCCCGUUACCAGCUCCCACCACGGGGAGGUGAGGUUGAGCGCCAACAGUUAUUGGGAGCCAAUGAAUCCGAAGCCAUUGGGGUCCAGGGGCAGGCAGGGGUGAAAGUCAGGUCAAGACGUGGAACACUGAAGUCCUAGAGGCAGUGAACGGAGCGCAAGAGGAUCUCAAUGACGUCCUUCGGCAUUGGGGUAGCCGGAUCAGACUCCUCGAUCGCAGUAACGAUCAUGACUAUGAGAUCGAUGGUGUCGGCUUCCCUGAUGUGUCUAUGGUAGUUCGUGGCGAGGAACCGGACAAAGUCCAUGCCCUCAUCGAGAAGACGUGGACAUCCUUGGCCUAGAAUACCGUGGAGAAAAUCGACGCACGCCGAGAGAAAGCCUGGUACCUUGUAGAAAGCCCUGACGUUAGCUUUCAGCUGAUCAAAGGCACCAGGAUGGUGAUGAACUACCUCACGGUAGUGUAAGGACAUCAGACCUUCCCAGUCAGGAGUUGGUCUCCUCCAACGAGCAAGUAAGGAUUGCCGCCAGUCCUACCGAGGAUGGUUCGCAGAAAGAGACUCAUGGCGUCAGAUAGAGAAACGGAGGCCGAGACGAGCAGAAGAGAGCAGAAGAGAUUGGGAUCCUAACAUUACGUUUCAUGAUAUAGACAGUGACGAGAAUGUCUCUGUUCAUCAAGACAGUUCUUCAGAAUCCGAAGAAACACUUAGUCCACCUUACACGACAAGGUAUGGACGCGUCACCAAACAAAGGGUACCAUUACAUGCGUACGACCUUGUUUGACUGUUUCAAAGUACACACAUUCCAUAGGGACGCCUUGGUGAAUGUCGUCCAUUCAUGGACAGGGGACGCUCUGGUCCAUAAAUGACUUUGUACUACAUUGCUUUAAAUGUACCCAGUGUCUGCAAUAUGAAUUUUUGCGGUCAUUUUUGUGUUUUUCGCUUUGGGUUACUUCCACAUUUCUUAGUUACUCACGCACACAGCCACACUCAAACACACGCUUACAUUGUUGCUGUUUAGCAUUUCCCUUCUACUGACCUCUUCAGAUCAACUUUCUGCAUUUCGAAUUUAGUGUUUCGAAUUUAGUCACUACUUCACACUAGUUCUCUUCAUUUUCGUAUCACUGCAUGUACUGUGUAUGUACUGCAUGUCACAAUGCUACUCAUGCUAUGCUGUGCUAUAUCAUGUACUACGAACUUUGAACUACGAACUUUCUUCUUCAAUGUUAUCAAAUUCACAAUGUGUUUAGAAUCAGGAGAUUCUACUACUUCAUUUGAGGGUGGAUUAUCAAACUCUCUUAAAUCUAGGUUGUUCUGCAUUUCAGGACAAAGGAUGCUGCAUGCUUCUGCCAAGGGCCCUGGCAUGAAUCAUGUUCUCUUUUGUUUUUUUUUAUCCUGUUUCAGAACAACUUCAAUUUUAAACUGUUAACUUCUGCAUUAACGCUAUUGUAGAGUUUCCUCACUGUAAUAACGAAAUGAGGACAUUUGUAGAUUGUCGUACCACUAUUGUAAAGUUUCAUUUUUCCUCAGUGUAAUAACGAAAUGAGGACAUUUCAUCUUUUUGUUAGAGGUGGGCGUGUGAGAGCCAAACUUCGGCCUCACCGUCAUCGUCAUAAGCCAGCAGUGGCGCCGCUACAUGCUUAUAAGCGCGCGCCACGUGCUGUUCUGAGCCUCGUUGGCCGGACUCGCUGUGGCUGUCGAGCCCGUUACCAGCUCCCACCACGGGGAGGUGAGGUUGAGCGCCAACAGUU